UAUAAAAUUAAGCUUUUUAGCUGGACAGUGAACCCGAUAGUAGCAAUAUCUCCCCUGCUGAAAAUCUGAAGAAUCCUUCUAAACUUAGUCUUUUCUGGAGGAAUCAGCAUCUCGAGACGUAAACAUAAAAGUUUGCUCAUACUAUACUUGCAAAUAUCGGGACUACUUGUUUAUUUAUUUACUAUCAAAAUAAUUAGGCAAAGUUUACGUUUCCUCUACUGGACAAAGGAUAAUAUCGGUUGCAAAGAUACAAUAUUCGUUUAAUUGAAAAUAUUCAAGCAAAGGAGACCUCUGGUGCAUAUUUCACUUGUGAAUUUUGAACAUUAUUAAGUAAAUAACCUUUUUAUGGACUUUUUGGGACUUUUAUCAAGCUAGCUACAAAUUGAGAAAUAACGUUUCCAGUUCGUAUCGGAAAGACCUCAACUCCUCUCAUUCACUGUCCUGAAUACAGAUUACUGGAAUCGUCGUGCUUUGCUGGCUAAACAUAUUUAUUUUAAACAGUCGUUAUUUUUUAAUUUACGAAAAUGAUGCGGUUGCCCAAAGGCGUUUCUCCUGCGUCUAGUCGAGGUGCUGUAGGGGGACUGUCGUGUUCGCAGAAUAAAGUUUUGUCCGGAGUGAAGACCGAGUUCUUCAGCACCGGGUUACCCAGUCCACCGAUGAACUCGGUACCGGCUGGAUACUUUACCCAAAUAUGUAACACGACAGCGGCCGAACAAAGGGCGAACUGCCUGUAUGCAACCCCCCAUGGACCCGAAGCUAAACCCAUCAGAUCAUCCUCCGGCCGUCUCCCGGCCAAGAGAAAGCUGGACCUGGAGGACCCGCUCUACCUCCCUGACUUCAGGACCCCUAAAGGGAAGGGGAGCACAGCCGCAGCCAGUCAUCCAAGUCCCAAAACGCCCAAGUCUCCUGGUGAGCGGACGCGCUACGACACCUCGCUUGGUUUGCUGACCAAGAAGUUUGUUGGCCUGCUGAGCGAGUCACCUGACGGCGUGCUUGACCUCAACUGGGCCACCGAGGUCCUCGAGGUGCAGAAGAGACGCAUCUAUGACAUCACCAACGUGCUGGAGGGCGUGCAGCUGAUCCGCAAGAAGUCCAAGAACAACAUCCAAUGGUUGGUGGGCGGUGUGUUCGAGGGCUCGGCCAGCAGCGGGGAGAAGUCACGUGCCCUGCGGCGGGAGCUGGGUGAGCUGGAGAGGGCUGAGAAGGCCUUGGAUGACCUGAUCACGUCCAGUAGUGCCCAGAUCAAGGAGCUGACUGAACACAGAGACAACCAGCGGCUAGGCUACGUUACCUACCAGGACAUCAGGUCGAUAGCCCGUCUGCAGGACCAGACGGUCAUCGCUGUCAAGGCCCCGUCAGAAACCAAGCUGGAGGUCCCAGAGUCCUCAGGGGGCUCCCAACAGAUCUACCUGAAGAGUAAGAACGGCCCCAUCGAGGUGUACCUCUGUCCCGAGGAGGGCCUGGAGGAUGCCAGCCCCGUCAAGAGCACCACCACCCCCAGGAAAGAGUGCUCUCAUCACCCCCUGGGUCACACUGCCACCACCUCCCCAGCCAUGGCACCACCACAGUACACCACCAUUAAACAGGAAGUCAAGCAGGAGCCCAUGGAGGCUGAACUCUCCAGACCAACACCGGUGGUCCCCAACUCCACCAGCAGCAGCACUACCCUCCUUGACGUAGAAGGUCUCCUGGGCCUUCCCCCCAGCAUGCUCCAGAUGACAGAGGACCAGCUCUCGGGACCCGGGUUUACCCCUGACCCCAACGCCCCCUUCGUCAGCUUCUCACCGGCCCUCGACCACGACGACUACCUAUGGGGGCUGGAGGACAGCGAGGGCGUGUCCGACUUCUUCGACACCUACGACCUGGGAGACCUGCUGCGAAGCUGAGAGACGUAGAGAGACUUUGAAUCCUAAAUCAAGCCCUACAUUCUAAUCACUUGAGUAGAUCUGAGAGGGUUGGAUAGGUGUAAAGUGGCACUGGCAACCCUGUCGAGAGUGCUUAUGGUUUAGGGUCUAGCAGUUGAUUUGGGAUUCAGGAAGAGAGGGAAGGAGAGGAGGGAUGGGAGAGGGUAGACUAUCUGCAAGAAUAGGGCGAGGAGUUCUUCCCACAUCGCGUGACCUGGAGAAACUUGUUCAUCUAGUUAUAGCUUAGUUGUGACCAUACAAACAGAAUCACUAAAUAGAAUGAAUACAAAUAGUAAUUGACCUGACCAGGAAAACCUCCAGGCCCCAGUUGUAAUAGGAUAUAAGUGGUCAGGGAAAACUCCAGGCCCUAUUCAUGAAGGAGUAGUGUCCUCUGUAGGGGUAUGGGGUAGGGAGGAAAUGUUACACUAUGAAGCCAUCAACUCUUUGCUUUAGCCAUGUCUAUACCACGGUAAUGAUUUGUCAAAAAAAAAUGGGUCUCUGUGUGUCAAUUGUACAUAUAUUUUUAUACCUUUGUGGUUUGGAAUUCAGAGUAGGGCCUGGAUUGACACUGGUGUGUGUGUGUUUUGUGUGUGUGUGUGUGUGUGUGUGUUUGUGUGUGUGUGCGUGUGUUUGUGU